CUGCCGCGGCCUGCGCCACACCAGUCCCGCCAGGACGGCGACAGUGAAGCACCUGGGUUGAGAGGGAGCAGCAAGGUAACCGCGCAAACCCUGCCUCCCCGGCCCCCGCCCGCGCCUCAGCCGAGCCGGGUGUGGGGGGACCCAGGAGUGUGUCUUACUGCGUGUCACCUGCCAACACCUUCCUCCCCCACCAUCCUUACCCAGCCCCAGUCUCACCCAGCAUACCUGGGCGAGACAACCCGGGUGCGAAGGACAAGAGAUUACGACCGAAGAGCGAGCAAACCAGGAAGACAGCGGCCUCCUGGAGAGGAAAACGUGAUCCCAGGGGCAGACACGUGGCGCUGCGUGAAGAGACAGGGUGACCAGACGACGCUCUUCCGACCGUCCUGUUUGGCCAAACUUGACGACAGCUUCUGGGUCGCUACCAUCUAGACCUCUCAGAGCUCCCUGAACCAUGACGGAGACCCUCAACAUGAGAGAAGACCCUCUGAACCUGGGCGGUGGCGGGGCACCCUCGGCCUCCCUGCGCUCCUGGUCGUCCUGCCACCGAAGGCGCCGGGGCGCUCCCGUGUACAAUAGAUGGCACCACUAUAGCCCCAAGACCGAGUAUGGGCCCCCAAGGAAACAGCCAAAGCAACAGCACGGCCCGGGGUUUUGGUUCCAACCACCCGUGUGCUCUAACUGGGGGUGCUGGGGAGGGCCCUGGCGCCCACCCCCUCCGGGAUUCCCGAGACCCCCCGGCCGGGUGCAAGUGAUUCCUGUGUACGGCCUGCACCCGCUCUGCUUUUGCUGCUGCUCCUGCUGGAGCGGAUCCUGGAACCCUGGCUGGGCGAGGCCCCCAGGCAGGAAGAAGCGCUGGGGCCGCAGGGGCCGCAGAGGCCGCGGCCCGCGCCACCACCCUCGCCGCUCCUCCUCGCGGAGCCCGCCUGCGGAUCUGAGCCCGCUGCUGCGGCCGGCCAGCCCGUACGAGUGGCGAGUGCCUGGCAUGCGAGCGCCGCGCAACACCACCCAGUUCAUCAUGGACCAGAUCUACGAGGACAUGAGGCAGCAGGAGGAGCUGGAGCGCCAGCAGAAGGCCAUGAGGGCGCCGCAGGCGCUGGUGGGAGGCGAGGCCUCGCCGGCCGGAUCCUCCGGAAACGGCGCGCCCCCUGGCGGCAGCGAGGAAAGCUGGGCGCUGCAGGAAACUUUGUAUGACCUUGUGCAGAAUCCCCUAUCAUUCAGUCCUACCCCAGAGGAAAACCAGUCUCCUGCCCCUAUGCUGGUGAAGGAAGAGGAGGAGGAGGAGAAAAAUGAUGAUGAGUAUGACCAGGAGAUGUGUGAUGCAAAGGAGGAGAGCGAGGAGGAGGAAGGAGAGGUCGAAGAUGAGGAAGAAGAGGUCGAAGAUGAGGAGGAGGAAGAGGUCGAAGAGGCUGAAUAUGUGGAGGAGGGGGAGGAGGAGGAAGAGGAGGAGCUGGAAGAGGAAGAGGAGGGCCUGGAGGAGAACAAGCAGGGAGGGGAAGAAUUUCACUUGCCUCUGGAAAUGCCUUUAUCAAUCUUCAUAGGGGCUGAAGAAACGAGAGAGAACUUUAUAAACUGUACUUUUUUAAACCCAGAGCAGAUAAUUCCCAACGUACCACAGGAAUCCCUGUUCCUGGCAUAGGACUUUAACUGUUAGACAUCAGAAAAGGGAUUGAGGAAAAGGAUGGAACUGAUUUGAGGCUAAACUGGAUUAGCAAUUUAUUAAAAACUGAUUAAAAAGUGAGUUCCAUUAAUAAACAGAUCUAUGUAAACACCUUCUUUGGCCAUUAUAAAAUGUUUAAAAUUU